GUGCAAUACAGCUGUAAUGGUCCUAGUCUCGACUUUCUGAGACGCAUCUUUUAUAAUAUUUCUGUACCGUGACUUUUAUCUUCAUUUUAUCCCAGAGCUCGGUCAUGAUUGAUGAGACCUGAGACGACGGUUGAGCUCUGGACAGUCGACGACCCAUCGAAAUGCCACGAGUACCUCCCCCAUCCCGGUCUGGCCCUCGUAAAUCCAAUGCGAGCACCCCGGGUCCCGGUGACGACGGGCUGACUCUGGCUGACAAACUCAACUACUACGAUACUCCCAGACCAUUCAAAUCACAUACGUUUAUUUCCAAGCUGCCCGCACGGACAGCUUCCGCCGCGACCACCGGAGUCAAGAAGAAUGUCAAGCAGAUCUUGGUUCUUGAACGAGAACGAGUCUCAGGAGGCGAUGGUUUCUUGUCUGCCGCUCAGACAGCUGCGAAGGCUCGAGGCGAGGUCGUGGAGCUGGGAACGAAGAAGAAAAAGCCAAAGACGGAGCUGUCUAAGCGGGGUCUCAACUUGAAAGGUAGAGGAUCAAGGAUCAGCAGUGUCGUUGGAAGUGGUGCUGGGACGCCAAUGACGGAAGACUUGGAGAGUGGUCAGACUACGCCAGUGAUGGAUGAGACGAUGGAAGAAAAGGUUGAGAUGGCGUUGGACAAUGGACCUAGGAAGGAGAUCAUCACUUAUCACACACCCACCGCUCCUCCAAGCUUGCUUCCUGCUAAGAAAUACUGCGACAUCACGGGCCUGCACGCAAGCUACACGGAUCCGAGGACAAAAUUACGGUACAAAGGUCUCGAAGUCUGGAACGUCGUACGCAACCUGGGUCCCGGAGUCGAUCAGGCUUAUCUCGCUCUGAGAGGAGCUCAGACGUCACUCAAAUAGAUCACCACGCGGACUGCCGUUCAGAGAAUCACACGAUUAGACCAAUUGUCCGCCGUGGCCGUUGCCAUCGCUGUUGUACUGCCCAUUCUUGCUCAUGUUGUAACAUUCGGUCCAUUCGCACAGUGAGAGACGAUAGAAUCACCCAAAGGCUAUGUA